UAUUAUUUUUUAAAUUUGUCUAUUUACGGAUAUAUUAUAUUCACAUAAUGUAUGAAUGAUUACCAUAUUCAUAAUAUUGUAUUUAAAACGUUCGACCAUGGUCCAUACCAAUUUUCCUAAUUUGCUGUGGUAAAUAUUAAUAAAUUAUUUUUAUUAUAUUAUAUCAACUUUUAUAUUUAUUUUAUUAUAUUAUAUUAUAUUAUAUCAACAUCUAGCAAUGUACAAUAAUUUAAUUAACUACAUUAAGAUUUAAUGUACACGAGAAAUGGAUAUAAGAAUAUUAAUUAUAAAAAUAUAAAUCUUUCUCUCUCUCUCUCUCUCUCUCUCUCUCUUUCUCUCUCUCUCUUUCUCUCAUAUAAACAGAAUAGUAUACGAUAAAUUUAUAGUACCCAUUAAUUUUCUUAAUAAUAAUUAACAAAUUCUUUUCUAAUCAUUUUCAAAACAAUUAACUAAUCUUUUCUCGGAUUAAAAAGUCCCUAAUACUAAUAUUGAUCAUUUUGAUUGAUGCAAAAGAUGAACAAUAUUGACAUUGACAGUGUAAUUAGUAAUAUUAAAGUACAAACAAACAAUUAUAUGUAAUCUAAUGGAAACAAUUAUAUGUAAGAUUACAUUAAUUCUCUUUAGAGUUUGAAAUUUGUUUAACAAAGCAAUGGCGUUCAACAGAAAAACAGUUUUGCAACGAUUGCAAAAUUCUACUAUAAAAUUCUAUUCUAUUGGUUAAUAUAUUUAGAUUGGACAAGAAUUUAAGGAAAGAACCAAUCAAAUUGAAGAAUCUUAUAACAGUUGUAAAACUACUUUCACUGCUCAACCUGAUGAACGCAGUCAGUGAUUAUUGCCAAUAGUUAACCUCGGACGUGUGCUCGCGGAUUCCUCAUGAAAAAAUUCAUCUCUUUUCUUCUUAUACGAUUUGUCCAAAAAAGAAAAAUGCGCCAAGCGCAUUUAUUUUACAUUUUCCUCUUUGCGUGCGUCAUUCUAAGACGUUUAGAGUGCUGCUUCGAAGAAGUUGAGUGACACGACCUUAUAUUUUUACUCUCAGUAUCUUACUACCGCACCAUUCGAAAGCAUCUCCAACACGAAAAUUAUAAAUGUAUUUUAAAGUGUUUCGACGGAGAACUUAGUCAAGUAAAGAUUCGCUUAAAAGAUGGCAAAAAUUAUUAUCUUAACCGCACUGCUGUUGCACCUAUUUUUUAUCACGAUACAAGGUAUAAUAGUCAGAAAGCAACUCACUGAUUGUUCAAGAUAUUUCACGGAUAUGAGACAACCUGGAAUAAGUAACUUGUUAGGACGAAUCGAAGUCCCACCUCCUCCAAUAGAUGAUAAAUAUUACUUAAAAGUAGCUUUGGAUACUUACAACGAAGUAAAGAGACGGAAUUCGAUCGGAGAUAAAAACUACCGAUUGGAACUGGCACAAACGAUAUACGAGACCAUUCGAGCUGUUAGUCAGAGUAAACCUUUGUUGUAUAAUAUUUAUUAUCCCACAAACAAACCGAUUCCGAUAGUGUCUGCAAUAUGGCUUAACGAUCAACUAUAUUGUCCAGGCCUCGAAUCAAAGGGAAAUAUCAAUGCUACUAUUGAAUUAGGGCAUAUUGUGUAUCCGCCAAACAAAGAUGCAUUUUCUUGGACGUGGUAUCGAAAUUCGAGCAACUAUCAAAUAGACAAUCCGAGUAGUGAUCGUCUAAACGCUUUUAGCCCUGAUAGACCCGCUAUAGUUGUUCCUACUGAGAUUGCAAACAAUGAAUGCGGUAUCACUCAAUAUUAUACCGACAGUAUAAACCGUCUAUUUCCUAACGGUCAAGAGACUUUUGUGGGUCAAUGGCCAUGGUUGGUGGCAUUUUUUUUUCAGGAUUUAAAUAAUAUGUUUAAAUUAUAUGAGUUUCUGUGUGCCGGUACCGUUCUAACAACCAGACAUAUUAUAUCAGCGGCGCAAUGCUUAAAAGUGCCCCAUAUUAGAACCAAUGACACAAUAGAUACUGACCUUUUGCUUGUAUCGUUGGGUCGACAUAACGUGUAUUAUGAUGCUGGUGAGGAUGGAGCCAUCAAUCGGAAAGUUGCAAGUUACAUGAUCCAUCCCGAUUAUGUGCACGCAGCAAGCGCCGAUUCCGAUCUAGCAAUUUUAGUCCUGAAGGAGCCCAUUGAGUUCAGCUCUCUCAUUAAGCCUAUUUGCCUUUGGUUCGGCUCGCCUAAUCUUCAGAACAUCAUUAAUAAAAAGGGGUACCUUGUGGGAUGGGGCUCAGACGGAAAGGCUUCUUACACUUAUUAUCCACGUAUGACAAGAGUGCCGAUAGUGAGUCAAGAGACUUGUUUUCAACAUAACCCGAUGAAAUUCUAUCCUCUUAUAUCGGAUCGUACCUUUUGCGCCGGUGAGCUAAACGGAAGUAGCCCUUGCCGCCAUGACCACGGGGCCGGAUUGGUGAUUUUCGACGAUACCACGGGUCGUUAUCAUUUACGUGGAAUCGUUUCUCGAAGCACCUGCAACGUCGAGGAUUAUGUUGUUUACGUUGACAUAGCUAAAUACAUAUCCUGGAUUCGACAACAGAUUUCCACGUAAUACUGGUUUCUCCCUGUAAAAUGCAAAUUGUAUUAGUAGACAAGUUUCUUUGUACGGUUUAUCAGAAUUUGCGCAACUUGUAUGUGAGAAAAUUAAUUGUUACGUUUUACUUUUAAUUUUUACCUUUAAUAGUAGUUUAUGCCAAUUUCUCUUGUCGGAGGAAUACCUUAUCUUGAUACUAAAACGGGAUAAUGUACAAACAAAUAGAAAUAUAGAAAUUUGCAUAAUGGAGUUACUAAGAAUUAAGAAUAAAUUGUAUUAUAAUGUGUUAAAAUAUAUAUACUGAUAUAUGUA